GGUGUCAAAUACACUUGUGACGGUUGUUCAGCCGAUAUUUCUCAUAGCGUUAAGAUUCGAUGUGCACAUCAACAACAAACUCAAACUAAUACUAUUUCAGGUCAAAAUCAAGUCACUUCAACUUUAGUUUGUGAAAAUUUCGAUCUUUGCGCUCAAUGUUUUUGUGAAGGUAAAGAAGUUGGGCGACAUAAAGCUUGGCAUGAUUAUCGAGUAGUGGAACAAUAUUCAACACCCAUCUUUACUGAAGAUUGGGGCGCGGACGAGGAGCUAUUACUCAUAGAAGCUUGUCAAACAUACGGUCUAGGAAAUUGGGCUGAUAUCGCAGAUCAUGUUGGGAAUGGUCGCACGAAGGAAGAAGUCGAAAAGCACUAUAUCGAGGUCUUCAUCGACUGCGAUGACUAUCCUCUUCCGAUGAUUAAUAACCUUCGUGAUUGUCAGCUCAUGGAUGCCAGGAUUAACAUCGAUCAAGACGAGUUUCAAGCGCGAAAAAAACAGAGGCUAGAAGAAGAAACGCCAGGCGAGAGAGUUGACACCUAUGCAAUAGAGCCGCCGCCACCGAAACCUUUGGCAUCGGGUCCUUCCAACCACGAGAUCGCUGGUUUCAUGCCUGGUCGCCUCGACUUUGAGACAGAAUGGGAAAACGACGCUGAAAAUUCGAUCAAAGACCUAUCUUUCGGUAGGGAAGAAGCCGCACCGCCCAUACACGAUGAGAAUGAUGAUGACUUGGAGCUAAAGUUGACAAUACUGGAUAUCUAUAAUGAAAGAUAUGAUAAACGAUUAGAAGCAAAAGCGGUUGUGUUUGAUCGAAAUCUUUUGGAAACCAAAAAGAUUCAAGCUACAGAAAAGAAAAUGGCUAGAGAUGUUAGAGAUUUGGUAACAAGAAUUAAGCCGUUUGCUCGGUUACAGACUGCUCUCGAUCACGAAAGGUUUCAAGAGGGACUGAUAUACGAGAUGUCACUUCGGAAGCGAAUAGCUGAACUGCAAGAAUAUCGGCGGAUGGGCAUCACGACCCUCGCAGAGGCAGAGAGGUUCGACAAGGAGAAACAAUCUAGGGUAUGUUCACCUUAUCCAACAUUCCAGAGGAGUUUGAUUACGAAAUAUGUAAACCAUGGGCGACCUUCAUUACAGAUCUCGAACAAAAUCCGAGAAUUUGGUGGGGUAGAGCGCUCAAACGGUCGCACCAAAAACAGAGCGAGCGGGUCUGCACCCUUCUAUGACGAGCUCGCGUCAGGAAGUCGUGAAGGAACGCCCGGAUUCACCAGCAAAACUUACAAAAAACUCAGUAAGCUAUCUCCUCAAUCCCCAAGAGUGCCCCUCACGAUGAGCAGACUUUGCUCAUCUCACUACCCACCAUUAUUUGUUUAG